AUGAAGAAGACGGUUGGAAAGGCCUUAGGAAACUUGAAAGGAAUAAAAAAUGGGUUCGUAGUUUCUUCCUCAAACAAUGACAAGGAGAGUUUUUCCAUUCUUAGCAUCUUAAAAGAAGCAGAAGCGGUCACUAUGAGCUCAUUAGAAUCUUUGUUGUUGUUUAUCACUGGCCCAAAGCAUAGGCAAAGCAGAUGGUCAAUAAUCUCCAAGCUGAUGCAGCCUAAAAGAAUAUCUUGUGAUUCAGAAGAAUCAGACACAAAUGAAUUCGAAAAGGUUGAAGCCAUGUUGCAGUUUCUCAUCAAUUCAAAGCCUUUAUCUAUUGAGAAAUUUCAAAGCCAUAUGCAGAAUUUGGAGUUGUGCAUUGAAGAUAUUGAAGUUGGAGUUGAACGCCUCUCAAGACAACUAAUUAGAAUCAGAGUUUCCCUUCUCAACAUUUUAAACAACUAG